AUGCCAGUGAACCGUGGCCAAGGCCAAACCACAAGGUGGUAUCAGCUAUGCUUUAUUCCCACUAGUUCAGACAAUUCAGAUGAUUCAGACAUAGAAUCUGUAGUCCUAACUCCUAGUAACCUAACUCAAACUAGUAGUACAUGGCAAGAACUUUCUCCGCCGAUACCACCAGAAUCAGAACCUGAAAUUGAUUGGAGUUUACCACCACCACCACCACCACCACCACCACCGUCACCGCCACCGCCACUGCCAAAUUUUCUACCACUUCAGAGAGUUGUACUAACUCUUGGUACUCCAACUAGUAGUACAUGGCAAGAACUUUUUCCACCGUCAUCACCAUUGUCGUCACCACCACGUCCAACUCGAAUUAGUAGUACAUGGCAAGAACUUUCUCCGCCAUCUUCACCAUUGUCAUCACGACCACCAACAAACCUAGAACCUGAAAUUGAUAUGAGUUUGUCAUUGUUAUCACCACCACCACUGUUACCAGAUUUUCUACAGUCUCGGCCUCUUCAGAGAGCUUCGGCUAGAACAUUUAAUAUUGAAGUACAACAAGAUAGACACCAACCUCCAAGUCCAAGUCAUGUGUUUGAAGGUGAUCAAAGUGACUGCUCAAUGAAUGUCAAGAAUGGCAUUACAAGGGUGAGAGUCUCAGAGAUAGAUAAACUCUUUCAUUGCCCCAUUUGCAUGGAUGAGUUUAAAGUGGGUGGUGACAAAGCAUGCCAGCUACCCUGCACCCACACCUACUGUUCUGAAUGCAUUCUUCGUUGGCUUGACAACAAUAAAACAUGUCCAGUUUGCAGGCUUCAGUUGAAUGGUUGUAGUUUUGAUAGCAUAAAUUGCAAUAAUGGUUUGGACUCACAACCUCAAAUUCCGUCCCUGCCAUCACGGUCACCAAUAGUUCAUAAUGAUUCGCCCCAGCGUUGGGAGAACUUUUCCCAAUCCCCUCCCUACCUUUUACAAGGUAUAGAGAAUAGCAUCAAUGAUAAUAAUGGUUUGGACUCACAACCUGAAAUUCUACUGCCGCCGCCGCCACCACCACCAUCAGCUCAUAAUGACUUGCACCGGCCCUGGGAGUACUACUUUGAAUCUCCCUACCUUAUAGUACAAGAUAUAGAGAAUAGUGAAGGUGGUAACUCAGAUGAAGCUGAUUAUGAUAGUGCAUGUGAUGAGCUUGGCGAUCCUCAUGAAGAUGGAGCUUCUCAGAGUGUUCCUGCUCCACUAACUUAA